GAGGAGAUAUUGUACCAUAAGCUCUAUUUAGGGCGCUGAAAAAGGGAGAAGGAAGUGGUUUGGAAUUGAGCCAUGGUGGGAAUUCAGACGAGGCAACUGACAGGAAGUGGCGGAUGAGUUUCGUCCACACCUUUUCCGGUUUUUCAUUCGGCGCUUGAGAGGCGGCUGCCUGCUGGGGCGAACACCGGAGCAGAGCCUAUUGUAGAAUGGUGAGGCUUUGCAGAGGGACGGCGGGAAAAAUUCGCACACAGGACGUUUGAAAUCGCUUCACGGAGCGGCCCCGAAGACAGCUGCUGUGGCAUAAUAAAGCUUACUCCCCGACGGGCCUUUAAAACCUUUCCCCUUCUUUCUAGUUGAGAAAUUGCGACAGGAAAGAAGCCCUGAGUCGCGCGUUCACCCGCAUUGAGGAAGUGGAAGAAGCAGCGCUGCUCGACGCCUCAGCCGGAUUUACUGACAGCCUCUAAACCAUGUCACAGGCUCGUUUAACCUCUUAAUUCCCUUCAGCUCGAGGAUUACUGUGCAUUUCAGCGAUUACAAGUGUCGCAACACGAGACGUUUCCAUUCGAAAUCGGUUGCUGCUUAAACGCUUUACUUUAUCGAAGGAGACUGUUGAAGAUACUGAGACACACCUUCAUGCUGCUGUCUGUGAUCAUUAUGAACCUUGUGACAAAUGUACAUCCUUUCGUUCACUAGUUUCUGCUCUCGACUCGUCGUAUCUAUGAUUGCAGCCUGAAGUUUGGUUUUCACCUUGCCUACCUUUAUAAACUGCUCCUUUGGGAGUUGACUCCUGGUUCAUGUUGACUGACCACCUGGCAUACCCUCAGAGUAACUGGUCCUUCUUGAAAAAGUAUACACAGCACCAAUUCUGUUACACUUUCAGGUAACAUUGCCUUUUGGACAUCCUUUUUUUUUUGUUAAGGUGAAGGAAAUAUUUAUGAACUAUUUAAAAGAUGGGGAAAAUGCUGUCAAAGAUAUUUGGUAACAAGGAGAUGAGGAUAUUGAUGCUGGGCCUGGACGCAGCAGGUAAAACCACCAUUCUUUACAAACUCAAACUCGGCCAGUCGGUGACCACGAUUCCCACAGUCGGCUUCAACGUGGAAACGGUGACCUACAAGAACGUCAAGUUCAAUGUGUGGGAUGUGGGAGGCCAGGACAAGAUCCGCCCACUGUGGCGCCACUACUACACCGGCACGCAAGGCUUAAUCUUUGUGGUGGAUUGCGCAGACAGGGAUCGCAUCGACGAGGCGCGACAGGAGCUGCACCGCAUCAUCAACGACCGCGAGAUGCGGGACGCCAUUAUCCUGAUUUUCGCCAACAAGCAGGAUCUGCCUGAUGCCAUGAAGCCACACGAGAUCCAGGAGAAGCUUGGACUCACGCGCAUCAGAGACCGCAACUGGUACGUGCAGCCUUCUUGCGCCACCACUGGUGACGGAUUGUAUGAAGGCUUGACAUGGCUCACCUCUAAUUACAAAUCUUAAUGACCGCUUACUUUGGCCUGGACUCUUUUUAGUUAAGAAGAAAACAUUUCCAAGGAAUAAAUUUAACAUUUUAUUUCAAUAUGCUCAAAAAGUUUGAAUUAUAUUUUCAUUUAUUUUUUGAUUGUCGAAAUGACCCCUUACCUAAUAAUUUAUAGCUUUGAACAAGAUUGGGUUUGCUUGCUUUCUAGCUUUGUUUUGUAGCCUGUUGGCCACCUCCCUUCAUUAACUGUUGCUUUCUGAUUUCAUUUUUAUUUUGCCUCCUAAUGAAGAUUUCUUUUUUUAUGAUGUAGGGGUUUUUUUUGUUUAUCUCUGAUAAUUUUUUUUCCUUUUUGACUUAAUUUUUGGUUAAAAUUUGUUCUUUUUGAACCCUUUCUGUCUGUUGUCUGUGUUUUUGGAGUCUUUGUGGGGAAAAAAAAUGAAGGUCUGUUUCCUGAAAAUAGUCCAUGGAUGUGGUGUUAUAAGAAGGGAUGUUUCAGACCAUCUGUAGGACAGUUUUACUGACAAAGUUGUAACAAUCUUAAUAGCUGAUUGCGUGAGCAGUUAAAUUCAACCAUUGUCACCGGCAUCACAAGAUACUUAAACUGUAUAUGAACCCAUGGAAUAUUAAUUAUAUGCAAUCUAUGAUAUUUACUCUGGAAAGAGCACAUGACAUUCAUAAGCUGUAGAAAAGAAAAAAGGAAACUUGCAUCACAGUGUCACAUGGUUCAAAUUUGAACCCUGGGGUUCUUUAUGUUGUUGCCCAAAAGUCAAGUAAAGCAGCUGAAUAAUUUUUUUUGUACGGACAUUUUGUACCAUUUAGGCUUAUUUCAGUCUACCAAAAUUUCACUUGAAGUCAUAAGUCUUUAGAACAUGAGAUUGUAACCUACAUUUCCACCGUAGUGUUUGCACCAGAGUGAACUGCACUUGCCAUAUAACUGAGGAAUCUUUCCCAUGACUCAUUUUCCUCUCAUUGCUUCGCUCAUGUCAAAGACCAUUGUACAGAGACUAACUGUAAUUGUAACAUCCAAUUAAACGUAGACAUUUUAAAGAUUUUA